AUGCAAAAACUCGUUUUACGCAUUUUGGGCCGUUUUUCUCGAAAAACCUUCAUUCGAAGUGCCUGGAAAAAUUUGAACAGUCUAAGUGAACACGAUGAACUAGUUGACGCUCUGGAAGCUCUCAUAUCAAUGUCUCAUGAAGAAAACGAAUUCAUUGAACUUAUCACCGUCAUUGCUGACGUUCUUUCGGAGGCACCUAUGGCCUCGGCUUUUUUAUGUCAUAUUAUUGAUAGUGCUGCACUUCCUUCCAAGGAAACAUCACAUAAAAUAACGACAAGACUACUUCAAAAACUUAAACCAGGCUUAUGUCGAACUAAACCAAAGAAGCGUAUACGAGUUAAUGUCUCUAUCAUUUGGAGUGUCCUUGCUGAGAAAUUGGCAGGCGAAAUUAGUUUAUCACUAUUUACUAAUAGUGUAUGUAAUACGUUGCUGGAUUAUCUCCAGCAUGAUAAUGAUGCAGGA